CAAAGUUGGUCAAUUCCCAGAAGAUUUGGAGUUUUGAAGAUCUUCCCGUGUUCGGAGACUUUGUUACCGAAGGUCCGAAAGCUCCGAAAGCUCCGAAAGUGAAUCUUGUCCGAAAGCUCCGAAAGUGA